AUGGAGAAUAGUGUUGUUCUCUGCACCCCGAUCACGAUCCCCGCCGAACUCAUCAACAGCACCAUCUACGACAUCAUGGUCUAUAUACGCAACUUCAUCCGCGUUGCUUGCCCUGCUGGUCCUGGAAUCAUUCUGGGCCACGACCUUACCGAUGAGCAGCUUGGUAUGGAGAUUCACAUCCCAGAGAUUUAUCUCUCAGCCUAUCUUUACACCUUGAUUGCAUACCUUCAGUAUGUCGUUGGCCAGGACCUCACUUGGUGUUAUACUUGA